AUGCAGGAAGAAGAUUUUGAGAGGGAGAUAAAGGUGCUGGUGGUUGGCAAUGGGGGCGUUGGCAAAACCUCCAUGAUCAAACGGUUUUGCAAAAACCUGUUUACGGACGAGUACAAGAAGACCAUUGGGGUGGACUUCUUGGAGAAAACCCAGUAUGUAAAGUCUCUCGGCGAAGACGUCAAGUUGAUGUUGUGGGACACUGCGGGCCAGGAAGAGUUUGACAGCAUCACGCGGACGUACUACCGAGGGGCUGCCGCUGCCGUGCUCGCAUUCUCGACCACCGACCGCCAGAGUUUCGAAGCGAUCAGCCAAUGGAAGCGGAAAGUGGAAGCGGAGUGCGGCAGCAUCCCCAUGGCCCUGGUGCAGAAUAAGGUGGAUCUGCUGGACCAGGCAGUCGUCACAAAAGCGGAAGCAGAAGCGCUGGCAAACAAAACGGGGCUCAAGUUCUAUCGAAUGUGCGUCAAGAAGGGGCUGAACGUCGGGGAAGUCUUCGAAUACCUUACGGAGCUGGCUGUCAACCGGAAAGAAGAAGACAAGCCAACAACCUCCCCAACUUCGAAGAUUGGCUCGAUGGACCGGUCGAAGGCCCCGAUCGGCAGCGGGUUUGAGGCGAAGCUCCCGGUGUCCCCCACCAAGGCCGAGGCGCAAGUCAGCAGCCCUGCGCUGGUGCUCAAGCCCACUCGGCAACGGACGAAAGGGAAGAAGCGGUUCCUGGACAAAGCCUCCGUCGGGCAGGGGGGGCUCCCCAAGGAGCUCCCUCUGGCCGGGGCAACGCCCCAGAGGCUUAGGAACUCUCCCCUGCCACGGCAGAGGGAGUUCCUAAGCCUCUGGGGCGUUGCCCCGGCCAGAGGGAGCUCCCUUGGGAGCGCCCCCUGCCAGACGGAGGCCCGCGGCCUCGACGUCGGGGGAUCACCCCCACCCCAGAUCCGCAAAGGCCAAGAGCGGCGUCUGUUCCAGGAGUCCUUGAGGUCAUACGCCGCGGAUUUAACGGUCGGCACCAUUUCACCCCCGUAG